AUGACAUUUUCCAAUGUCACAGUCUUCAUGCCUGCUGUGAUGACACUCAUAGGGAUCCCAGGCCUGGAGGCUGUGCAGAGGUGGAUUGGGAUUCCAUUCUGUGCCAUGUAUCUCCUAGCAAUGGUUGGAAAUUCCUUGCUUCUGAUCAUCAUCAAAUCAGAGCCCAGCCUCCAUGAGCCCAUGCACAUAUUCUUAGGCAUGCUAGCAGCCACAGACAUUGCUCUUGCAAGCAGCAUUAUCCCCAAGAUGCUUGGUGUCUUCUGGUUUCAUAUGCCAGAAAUCUAUUUUGAUUCCUGUUUGCUUCAAAUGUGGCUCAUCCACACAUUCCAGUGUACAGAGUCAGGCAUUCUGCUGGCCAUGGCACUGGACCGUUAUGUGGCCAUCUGUUAUCCUUUAAGACACACCAUCAUCUUCACCCACCAGCUGGUCACCCAAAUUGGUUCUUUUUCAGUACUCAGGGCUGCCACUCUUGCAGCCCCAUGCAUCCUCCUGAUAAAGUGUCGGUUUCAAUUUUAUCACACAACAGUCAUCUCCCACUGCUACUGUGAACACAUGGCCAUUGUGAAACUGGCUGCAGGAGACGUCCAGGUCAACAAAAUCUUUGGUUUGUUUGUGGCCUUCACUAUUGGAGGGUUUGACCUCAUUUUCAUCACAUUGUCCUAUAUCCAGAUAUUUAUCACAGUUUUUCGUUUGCCACAGAAGGAGGCGAGAUUUAAGGCCUUCAAUACCUGCAUCGCUCACAUCUGUGUCUUCCUUCAGUUCUACCUCCUUGCCUUCUUCUCCUUCUUCACACAUAGAUUUGGUUCUCAUAUCCCCCCUUAUAUCCACAUCCUGUUCUCCACAAUGUACUUGCUGGUCCCUCCAUUUCUCAAUCCACUUGUGUAUGGUGUAAAGACCAAGCAGAUCCGCACACAUGUGCUAAAAAUGUUCUCUUCAAAAAAUACACCUUGA